AUGGCUUUAAAUACAACUGUUUUGUUUCUUCGGCGUAAUAGUAUCAGGUCAGUGUAUCAAAAUAUAAAACUUCUUCAAUAUCAAGUCAAUUUAAAGAGCCGAAGGGUUAUAUCUUUCGAUGGUUUUGGCAAAAAUUAUCUUAGCACGUUGCAUUUGAAAAAAAACUUUGAUAAAAGAUUUUAUUCUACACAAACCGCCCAACAAGAUCUUGUUGAAUAUUAUAACGAACAUAACAUAACUAUAAUUGGUGAAAAUGUACCAAGCCCUUUUAGAGAUAUCGAGAACUAUGAAGCUGAUAGAAUGUUGGACAUGGGGUUUGAGCCACAAAUUCGUGAAGCACUUGAAGGUGUUCCCUAUGAAAGACAAUUACUCAUGUUUUCUGCAACCUGGCCUAAAGAAGUGCAACAUUUAGCAAAAGAUUAUUUAGGAGAGUACAUACAGGUUAAUGUUGGUUCAACAGAGUUAUCUGCAAACCACAAUAUACAACAGAACUUUCAUAUUUGUGACCAGGAAAAUAAAAUGGAUAAGUUCAGAAGUAUUAUGCAUGAUAUAUCUAGCCAGGGAGUGGGAAAAGUAUUAGUUUUCACAAACACAAAGAGGUUUGUAGAUACUCUAGCACUAACACUCCGAAGAAAUGGUUGGCCAGCUGUUGGUAUCCAUGGUGAUAAAACACAAAAUCAGAGAGAUGCAAUAAUACACAAAUUUAAAAGUGGGAACACUAACAUCCUGGUUGCAACAGAUGUUGCUGCUAGAGGUUUAGAUGUUGAUGGUGUGACACAUGUUAUCAAUUAUGACUUUCCUAACACAUCAGAAGAUUAUAUACAUAGGAUUGGAAGGACAGGCCGUUCUCAAAAUAAAGGCAUUUCCCAUACACUGCUCAUUGAUGAUGAUGCAAGACAUGCAAAAAGUUUGAUGUCUAUUUUGAAAGAAGCUAAUCAGCCUGUACCAAAAGAUUUAGAAGAUUUAGCAAGAAGUUACAACGUGACCAAAGGCAAAGAAAAUCAGAUGAAAUUUAAACCAAAACAGUUUUCUCGUUGGGACACGAAUAAACGGUGGAAUAGAUUCCGCAAUCGCAAUAAUUUUAAUAAAUAUGAUGAUUAU